UAGUUUAGGAGACGAAUCUCUCCUACAAAGUGUAACGCAUGAACUAAACAAACAACGUCGUUUCUACCCUGUUUUUCUCCUUCACAAGAAUGGCUUACUGCAACAAGUUGUGCCUCUGAAAUCGUCUAAAAAGCGUCCAGACCCGUCUUCACACUCUCCCUUUCCUUCUCGAAGAAUUUCAAGGUACGCCAGCCAAGCUCGAGAUUAAAAGAUGGAAGAACUUUUUGUUGCCAUUCUCUCUAUGCUUCUUCUUGCUGCAUUAAUUCCUCUCUACCUAUGGAAACGACGUCGGGAUUCUCCAUCGCGGGUUGAAAAUGAAGAACAUGAGGUUCCACGGAGGGAAACAGUUGUGCGUGCUACUGGUGCCCGUCGAAUGCGUCGAAGACUGGCUGCUGGAGCCAGCACAUCAUCUGCACCAGCAGCAAGUGUUGAAGAAACUGUCGACGAAAGUGAUGAUGAAGCUGUUGUGGGUGAGAAUUAUGAGGCUAAAGCAUCAAAGAAAAAAGAAAAGAAGCGGCAAGAGCGGGAAGCACAACGUCAGGUUGAUCAUGCUGCAAGAGAUUCAAGGCAAACAAAACAAGACAGGUAUGCUGAAAUGCGGAGGAGGAAGGAUGAGGAGCAUGAAGCAAAGGAGCGUAUGCUGGAAGAAGAAGCAGAGGCUCGUAGGGCCAGGGAGGAGGAAGCUGCUGCAUUAGAGUUUGAAAAGUGGAAAGGAGACUUUUCAGUUGAUGCCGAAGGAACUACAGAGAACGAAGUGCAAGAUGGAAAUCAGGGCUUACUUUCCAAUUUUGUGGAAUACAUAAAGAACCACAAAUGUGUUCCCUUAGAAGAUCUUGCUUCAGAAUUCAAGCUACGCACUCAGGAAUGUAUCAAUCGUAUCAACUCCCUGGAAAGCAUGGGGCGACUCUCUGGUGUCAUGGAUGAUAGAGGAAAAUACAUAUACAUCUCCCAAGAGGAAAUGAAAGCUGUUGCUGACUAUAUUAAGCGUCAUGGGAGGGUUAGCAUCUCACAUCUUGCUAGUAAGUCCAACCAGUUCAUUGAUUUGGAGCCAAAAGCCCAGUUUGUUGAGGAAAUCUGCAGUGUCGAGGAGAUUACUGCCUCUUGACUCUAGUGAAUCUAUGUCAUUGGAAUACACUAGUAAGAAACUGAAUGCAUAAUGAAAAAGUAAAGAGUUUUUAUUCCA